CGGAAGUGUUGAGCUCAGGUUUUUUUUGGCGGAUCUUUGGGAGCAAAUGUCCACACAGUCUCUUUAUUUACAGUGUUUAACGGAAAGAGUAGCACGCAGCUGGCGUUUGGUUAAAUUUAGCGACAGAUAGGAUUGUAAUCUCGGUUUGUAAUCUGUUAUUUGGUCGUAUUUUGGUGCGUUUAUCCUUGUUUUUUUAGCUAGCGUUGUUAGCCGAUCGUUGGCCUGUCGCGCGUCGCGGUCAAAGGUAAGAGAACUGCGUAGCAUUAGCUGCUAACCAGCGUUAUCCUUGUUUAGUUUAGGAAACAUGUGUGAUGACAUGCAAGACGCUGUUUUUGAUGCUCUUUAAAGCAAAAAGCUCCUCAUACGGAAACAGAGCUGUGGUUUGUGUAACAUUAAAGAAGAAGGGGCGUUGUUCGAUCUAUCGGCGUGCCCCUUAAAGCACCGCUAACCCUGAUGUUCCCGGUGAUCAGUUGACAAAAUGUCAAUACCACGGUCUCGAUCACCACAUUACAGGAGGUUGCCAUUGGAGGAACCUGGCUUUGAUCCACACAGACCAAGUGGAGAUCUGGAUGGGAUUUCUCUGGACAGAAGGGAACGCUUUCGGAAAGGUUCUGAAGAAAUCAGGGAGAACUUCAGUGAAGACAUGUAUCCAGAAGGGCAGAGAAGAGCCCCUCCAUUCACAGAUGACCAUCGAUUUGAACGUCAGCCUUACAAAGACCGGGAGGAGUUUCACCACAGGAGGUUAUCACCCCGCCAUGAUGUACGCUAUGAAGAAUGGAGGUUUCCCCCAGUGAGAGAUGGAGGAUUUGAUGGAGAUAGGAGAAGAGAAGGCUUUAGAGAGGAAUUCCAGAAUUUUGAACACAGGAGUCGGUCGCCUCCGAAGUUCACGAGGGAAAGGUUGCCACCGACACCGAGGUCUAAUUCCGACCAGAGGGAUUCGGGGAUGGGCUGGAAGAGAGAGGAGCAGGUCAGGGAUCGGUGGAGGUUCACAGACCUCAGUCCCAGUUUGAGGGCUGACGACCAAAGAGUUGGAGGAGAUGGGGAAAGAGGGAGGAGAUUCACUCAAGGUCCUAAUAGAGGCAGACAAAGGGAAAACCCACAUCAUGAGAGGGGCCUCCCUUUUAAAAGACAACGAAGAGAAAUGGAUGACGUCAAUCAUCCUGGGUCCAGGAAUGAGAAGGACUUUGGGGAAAAGGGUUACUCAAUGGAAGGAAGCAGACAUGAGUUUGGUGAAGACACUCGGGGAAACCUCCCCCACGGAGACGGUCGGUACUCGGGCCCACUUGUCAUUGAACACGAUCAUGGCAUCCGAGACAAUAGAAAGCUGCCACGAUGGGAAAGGUUUGAUGACCACAGGGAUCUCAAGCCUGAGUUUGAUCGACAGAGGAAGCCCCGUCCAGGGGGCUCCUCUGAGGAGCUUUUUAGGAAGACAGAAACCAGGUUGGAUGAUCAGGAAGAUCCACGAGAACACCGUUAUCAAGGUAAUUCGGGGGAAUCAAACUAUUAUGAAACUAGGAGAAGCCCUGUGCUUCAGGACAGGUCAAAUGCAGCAAGAUAUGGUGUUCAAGGUGGCCCCAUGAAUCACAGGGGGAGAGGUGCCACUCAACCAGCAAGAAGGAGGUACAACCCAAAUCAAAGCGGACGGCCAGGACAACCAAGAAAUCACCCACGCUUACAGCAGGCCUCCCAGGGAUACCAAGAUCUUCCUCGCGAAGAGCAGAGACAAGGGUUCCACUCCGUUAGGGAAGAUUAUGACGACGACACUGAAGAUGAGCCCAACUGGGCAGAAAAAGACAAACUUCAACAGUGGGACCAGGAAAGGCCUAGAAGUCUGGAACGGCCCCCAGGGAGGGAUUUGGACCCUAAAAUGCCCCAUUUGAGGCAGCAGGGAUGGAGCAAUCAGAAAGCCAAAAAUAUGACGGUUUUAACAGAGGAAACGCUAACCAUCAAGGUGGACAUGAGUCGGCCCAUAAACCAGAACAGCCCGCUGUGUUAUUCCUCAGACAGGCAGCUCUCUUUAGAUCUGGUCAAUGUUGGUCGCCAGCGUCUGGACUUCCUGCCCAUGCUGGAGCACUCCGGCACAUAUCAGGAGACCGCCAUGCACACUGGGACGUUUGCCCAGGAGAUUAUCACACUCGUGCACCUUGUCAAAGUGAUCCAGUAAUGGGAUACAGUGACAAGAUGCCUCAAAUGGACCACAGGAAACGAGAUGGAAGCACGGGACCGAGGAGAGGAGCUCUGAACAGGCUGAACGCAGGCGCCCAACACGGGAACAGUCGCUUCGGCUUUCAGAAACAGAACUUCCGCAACAGCUCUGCAGGUCCAAACUGGUGACCGGGCUCCUCGAGUGGUUUCCGUUUGCAUUUAUAAAACCAGCCGUUCUCGGGCCGACCUGCGUCCAUGGUAACAUGUCGGAUGUGAAGAGGCCUCUGCUGUGGCGGUGUUUUUGCGACGGACGCAGCAGACUGAGAGAUGAAGUAGAAGAAUGUGAAAUGCUGAUUCGUGCAGCGCUGGUCUGUGUUUGCACCUGUUAUGUUGCUUCUUCUCCCUCAUAAUUUGAUUUGAAACCAUUUCAAAAUGUCUUUGUGUUGUUGGUGAAAGUCUGAGUUUCCUCAGGAACAGGCUCGUUCUUACCCGUCCCUGAAAGUCUGUUUGUAAUGAACAUUUCUGUGUUUUGGUGACAGGUUUUGUUCUUUGUCCUUGUUCUGUGUACACAUUUCACGCUGCUCGCCGAGCGGUGCUGAACAAAUAAAACGUUUGUUUUUAAA